UGCAGAAUGCAGCCGCGCCUCCAUCGGAGCUCCCCACCGCCAAUCAUACUACGGCUCAGCUGGCGCGGAUCAAGUACGACCGCAUUCCAAGCCCAAUGACGUGUGCUAGUGGACGAUGCCAGCAGUGCAGCAGCCAUGGCAAGUGUGGGUAGAGCAUGUUAUAGGUAUCGUAGCCGCCAUCCUCCACGUGUGUAAGAACGAUCCCGUCCCAGCAACCCCAGUCAUAAAAGAUGUCUUCCCGUCCAGACUAUUACAACAAUAGCAGUAAUAAUGGGCCUCCGCCGGGCCAGGGUCACUACAACCAGUAUCCCGCAUCAGGCUAUGACGAUCGAUUCGAACGAGGUCCACCACCUCAGCGGGAGCAUGGUUACGUACCGUACCAAGACAGCACAGCAUACAACCGUGCUGGCCCUCCUCCAGACUCGUAUCCCUACGAUCCCCGCGACCAUGAUGCAUACUCUUCGCGCGAGUCCUUCACGAGUGGUCCGCCGCGAAGCCAGUACACGUAUGGCGAUCGAGACUUGAACCGGCCGUAUGCGCCCAGCGAGCCUCGACCGCAUGAGGGUAACCAAAUGGCACCGUAUGACGACAAUAAAGCCGAAGCGCAGUAUCAAGAGUGGGAAGAGCGGUCGCGGGCGAACUAUACGCAUGGUCGCAGACCAUCUUCGGUAGGGUAUGGAGGGCGCAGAUCAGAGGAUAGCUACGACGGGUAUUAUGAUGAUCGGUAUGACGAUUACGACGAUAGCAGACGGCCCGGAAGGGGUCGUAGGAGGUAUUCGGACGAGGAGACGAUCACGGAGAAGGCGCUGCGGUAUCCCUCUGAUCCGAAGAAGGGAGGGCGCGAUGUUUUGGGAGCGUCUGAAGGAGAAAGGGGAUUAGCGACCAACAUUCUGGGAGGAGCUGGCGGUGCCUUCCUCGGACACAAGCUGGGUAGAGGCGGUGCUAUAGGCACGAUUGGAGGCGCGUUGGUCGGGGCCAUUGCAGCGCAAGCGGCGGAGCGACAGUACGCCAAGCGCAAGGAGGAAAAGGUGUAUGUGAAGAGGAGCGUGGAUGAUCCGUAUGCUGUGCCUGCCGGACCGUAUCCCGGGCGUGGGAGAGACAUGGAUGAUGUUCGAGAGUCGGGGAGGGAUGUCGAGAGGCCCAGCGGCGUUCGAGAGAGGCUGCGCUCGCUGAGCAGGAGUGUCAGGAACCGCACGAGGAGCAGGAGUCGGCCGGUGCGGAGCCCGAGUAUCGACAGCGACGAGCGCUACCAUUAUCGAUGAGUGUCGACGGUGGAAGAGGUGCAAGACUGUACGAGACACGGUGUGCGAGCGUUGCUGUAGCAUUCUCAAGCUGAAUUGACGGCCUCAGUCCACCCUUCCCGCUGCUUGCUGUGCGGUAAGCUUUUGACUUGCUCUGACUCCCCUUCCCCCGACUCCACCGCCACCUCCACUUUUGGUCUUACCACAACACGGCGACAUUGAUCUUUGGAAAGCGCAUUGCACACACAUCCACUCAGCAUGCCUCACGUCAAGUUCGACCAGAACACGCUCGAGCCGCGCCUCGUCAGCCAUAGCAUCGAU